UUUUCUGCUCACGCAUGAUAAUAUCAAAGCCUUGAAACUGCUGCUCAGCCAGCUUGAAAUGAAAAAGGAAUCCUUGAUUUCAGCCCGAGACAAACUCAAGGAGCGAGCCACGAGCCUGUGGAAUCGUCUGAGUUGUCCUGAGUCGGAAGGCGAGGCGUUUCGAGAGGCUGCCAUGAGCACUCUCUCUGAUGAUAUCAGACGGUGGCAGGGCUAUGUGGAACAUCUAGAGGAACUGCAGAUGGCUCAGCUGGAGGAGGUUGUUGAUAAGGUCCGACAGGAGCUUGUGGUUCUGUGGGACAAAUGUAUGCUUGGACCAGAACAGAGGGAGACGUUCAGUGUUCACUUCUGUGAUG